GAGGAGAGAGUUUCGACUUGUCACUCACCAUUCCGGAGUCCAACAACCACGCGGCCUACAUGAGUGACCAGCCUCCCUACGCCAACUACGGGACCGAGGAGAACUACGGUGACCUCCAAGGGCUGACCUCCACCCUCCCCCAGCCGGAGGCAGACACAACCUCCGCCGCCCACAACCACGCCCAUCACCAGCAGACCAUGUAUCAGCAUCAGAUGGGCGUGGGCGGCAAUAUGGUUCACGCCAACCCACAAUUUCCGCCCCAGAAUCUGUACAUCCCACCCAUCUCCCAGCCAGGCAACAUGGGACCUGUCCAGACCACCGGGUAUAUGGCCCACCCCGGCUGCGGCCCGCCCACCCCCGUGUACACCAGCGCCAGUGUGGCCAUGCACGGAGCCGGCCCCCCUCAGGCGCCCCACAUGAUGUCGGGCGUUGGGGGCAUGAUGGGCUACUACCCACGCCCGCAGAUGGUUCGCAGCGGCGGUUCGCCCAACUCAGGUGGUUCCCCGUCCCCCGGAAGUGAUGAUUCCGACGACUCGACGCCUCUGGCUCAGAUGGGUCGCGGGAAGAGGCCCUCGUCGGAGAGCACGGAGGGGCCGGCCCGAGGCAAGAAGCCCAAGGUGUCGAAGAAGAGCAAGAAGAAAAGAGACCCCAACGAGCCGCAGAAGCCUGUGUCCGCUUACGCUUUGUUCUUCCGUGACACCCAGGCCGCCAUCAAAGGCUCCAACCCCAACGCGUCCUUCGGGGAGGUGUCCAAGAUCGUCGCCUCCAUGUGGGACUCGCUCGACGCCGACCACAAGAACGUGUACAAGAAGAAAACCGAAGCGGCCAAGAAGGAAUACCUCAAAGCUCUCGCAGCUUAUCGCGCCAGUUUAGUCUCGAAGGGUGGUGAGGGUGAAGGGGUGUAUGGCGCUCCUGGGUAUGGCCAGUUUGCCCCUGGGUUUGGCUACCCCCCCACUACUAGCGCCCCUGGCCACCCCCAGGUUCAGUCCUCCACACAGAUGUCACCACUGGCCAAGAAGUCUCCUCUACUCUCCUCCCUCAUGGCCGACCCUCCCCCACCCAUGAUGACCCCUCCCAUGUCACAGCCCAUGCCACCUUCUGGCCCACCUAUGAUGCCCCAUGGUUCUAUGCCACCCAUGUCAGCAGCCAGCAUGGCUCCCCAGGCUCAGCAGGGCCCACAGGCUGCCCACCAGCCGCCUACACCACAGUCCCACCUGACGCCCAUGACCAACGUACCUACCACCUCUCCCUACAUGAAUCAGCAAGCACCUGGCUCCAUGACGAGUCCUGGUGGUGGCGGCUCACCAGGUAGUCGGCCGCAGCACCAGCCCCAGCAGACACCACAGCAGGCUGCUACCCAACAGCAACAGCAGCAGGCAGGACAGCAGCAGCAACAUCAGCAGCAGGCAGGACAGCAUGGUCAACAACAGCAGCCUCCUCAGCAGCAGCAGCCUCCACAACAGACACAACAGCAGCAGCAACAAAGCGGGCAGGGUUCAGGUGGACAACAGCAGGGCCAGCAGGGACAUGUUGGCUGCCCAACCUCUGGUCCAAACUGCAUCAGGUCCGGGUGCACAAACCCAGCUGUACACAACCCAGAAUGGGAAGAUGAGUACUGCUCCAAUGAAUGCGUUGUGUCUCAUUGCAGAGAUGUUUUCAGCACCUGGGUAGCAGGCAACCACCAUCAGCCAAAUACUCCAACUUAUCCUGCACCAGUCAAAUAAGCUCACAGAUGAGCUCCUAGAUAAAUAAGAGGGCCAGCCAGCCAGGCAGCAGUCAGUCAAAGUCCAGUCAGUCAUCUAUGUGGGUUAAGACACAGAGAUGGUACCUGCAACUUUAUUUUAACAAGUUAAAGGAAUGUCUUGUGUGAAUAUAUGGACACUGAUUGAUCUGGUGAAGAAAUCCAAGAUACACAUGGCUGCUGUGUAAGGCUGUAAUUGUGAAAAUGUUUUGUGGUACCUCUUCUUCCCCCUAGAUGUUGGCAAAUGGGUGCUUGUGUUUAAAGUCAAGAUUUCUAAGCUGCUGUCAUUGCUGGAACUUCAAAAGAAGCAUCUUUCUCUCUGUUCCAACCUUCCUUGCUCUUUGUAGUAUCCCAAGUGUAUUAUUCAUACCCAUCUGAUUCUACUAUUCUUCUUCAAUCCUAGAUGAGAAGAGUUCCAGAACAAUUGUUUGCUGUGAAAGUGGGCAUUUUUAUGUAUUUUUUAUUUUGCUGAUGAACAAGGCUGUGCUAGCAAUGCAAUGGCAUUAGCAAUUUUAUUGGACUGUAUUGGGUUCCAGAGGAGGCAUUCUCCUCUCUCCAACAUUGGGCAAAAAGAUUCGAAAUGCCCUUCAAGUGUAAAAUUUCAAUUUACUUUAAAGAAAACUUACAUCAACCUGACCAAAUGGAUGGAGGGGACCAAAACUUUGUCUUUUGAUUUGUUAGUUUUAUGCUUAGUACAAAGAACAAAUUGAAUUCACUGAACAAUAAGAUGGGUGAUUUAAAAGAAAUACAUUUAGAUCAUCUUGCUCACUUUCACAGCUUUUGGAACAAUAUUUUGAUCAUAAGGUUUAAGUAAUUCCAGCAGGAAAUCAUGUCUUAGGGAGCUGGGUUUGUAAAUAUUUGUGUUAAUUUUCUUGAUAAGGAGAGAAAAAAUAUGAUUACGAUUAUUAUAGAUAUAGUAACAUAUUUACAAUAUAAUUUGUAAAUAUUUCAACAAUAUGUACAAGUGAUUGGUGAUUUUCUCCUCAACGUGAUUCAGUUAUGAUCAGUUGAUUAUAUACGGUAUGUAUGUAUGUACAUGUAUCAUAGUAGAUUUGUUCAGAGGCUUAUUAUUUGAUUAGCAAGAAAAAAAUCAUUAGAAAUGACCUAUUUGUCAAACUUGUAUCAAUUCCUUCCAUUACAGUUACAGGAGUGGAUGUCAGUAUCCUUAAACCUCCUGUGUCUGCAAUCCUUGCAUGCUAAGUGUAUGCAUAGCAAUAUCAUUUGGCAAUUCCCAGUUUUCACAUAUGUAUUUCAAGAGGUCAUCGGCCGAGUUUGUGUCGAGAGGACACUUUGCUCAAUCCUCAUUGUACAUAGCACUAAUAUUUGGAGGACUGACUGCCGUAUCCUCUUGGAAGUUAACAUAGAACUUUCAGAUAUUUACAUUCUGGAUACAGCCAAGAGGAGACAUAUGAUUUGCUUCUAUUUUCAAACUUUUUUCCUCAAUAAUAUUUUCCCUUGGGUGAAGCUUGAUGCAAAGUACUUCAUGAGAGCUGUCCUGUUUGGUGUAUAUUAUGGGGAAGUGGGAUGUAGAUGUGAGAGAAGUAAUGACCACUUACAAACUACCCGUCUUCACAUCAGGUUUUACCCAUGCUUGUAGCUCUUAGAAAAUCCUUCAGUCCUAGAAUAAAAUAAAGUCAGUGUUUGCCCUUCUUAUAUAGCUAUAAUAAAUAUGUUGAUUAAAUACUGUGCUUAAUGAGACAGGCAGAGACUCCACCACAGGGUUGAAUCCAACAUAACUUUUGUUUGUCACUAUUUCUAGUUUAAUAGAAUUAAUUGGUUUUUGUACUUAUAUGAACAAAUUCACAGUUGUUGUGGUUAAUGAACAAGACCUUUUGUGAACAACUUGAAUCAACUAUUGUUUCACACAACUUUUUGUACUAGAACAAUCCACUACAAAAUACUGCAGAAAGAACAAUACCCAAAUAAAGUGUUAAAAAAGAAAAGAAAAAAAAUGCCUUUUACAUUGGUAACACUAAUGUGUUGCCUGUUCCAAAGUGGUGUUUCAUAUAUAUAUAAAUAUAUAUAUAUAAUAUAACUAAUAAAUGUUAGUGAAUGGUUCCUUCAACCAUUUUCCAAAAUUGAAAAAUGUUGUGGAAUGGAUUUGCCACAGGGCAUAAUUCUGAGAUUGUUGUGUUAAUGUGUACAAUGCCUGUGUGUGCUCUCUUUCACUUCUGUAUUCACAAUAUAAUAAACACUAUACACA